UUUAAAUAAAUGACAUAUUGAAGCUAUAAUAUAUAGGAUGUUGCAAGACCAAAACAAAAGAUUUCGGUGCUUUCAGAUUUGCAGAGCAGCCAAUGUUGCAGUGCUAGUUCUCGUCUUUGCUGUGUGUGGAUUCGUGAAUUAUGGCUCUGAGUCUUACUUUGAUGCUUUUAUGUAUCAUCUUAUGUUUGCUGCUCCCAGCAUUUUAUUUAACAUUGUUUCCUAUUUCAGAAUUAACAAUAUCUUUGUGAGUAUGGCAUCUUUUUUCUAUCUAGCAGUAGUGUUCUGGACAAUGGUGACAUAUAUCGAAAUGUCUACUACUCAAGACAAAUCAAGAAAGGUAGAGCGGUCACUAUUCUUAUUCGACUACUUGCUCCCUGGAUUUAUCAUAGCCAUUUCAUUCCUCGCUGUAGCCUCCUUCUACCUUAACACCGAAAAACCAACUUCCGACCAACCACCAACCCCAAGCUACGAUUUACCCCUAAUCCACCCAUUCCUGAUCCCCAGAUCAGCUAUUAGAAGGCGUCAGAAUUACGAAUUCUAACAUUCUCCACUCAAUCUUAAUUCAACCACAAAUUCACCCAGU